AUGAGAUUCGGGCACUUUGCUCUCUUGGCUGCUGCCUCUGUGUCGGCAUCCCCGCUGAAGAAGGCAAAGAAGGCUUCUUCAUUUGAGUGGUUUGGGGCCAACGAAUCUGGUGCUGAGUUUGGCACAGACGUGUUUCCUGGUGUCUAUGGAACCGACUAUAUUUUCCCCAGCACGAGCACCAUUCAAACCUUGAUCAAUGAUGGCAUGAACAUCUUCCGUGUAAAUUUCUACAUGGAACGGCUAGUCCCGACUGUCAUGACGGGAUCUUUUGAUGCGGAGUACCUGAGCAACUUGACAUAUGUGGUAGACUACAUCACGAACGCAGGUGCCCACGCGGUUCUGGACCCACACAACUUUGGUCGAUACUAUGACGACAUCAUCACAAGCACCUCAGACUUCCAGACGUUCUGGCAAAACGUUGCAGGACAAUUCAAGUCGAACGAGUUGGUGAUUUUUGAUACCAACAACGAGUACCACGACAUGGACCAAACCCUCGUCCUAGAUCUCAACCAAGCUGCCAUCAACGGCAUCCGCGCGGCCGGCGCAACAAGUCAAUACAUUUUCGUCGAAGGCAAUUCUUACACAGGCGCCUGGACCUGGACAGAGUACAACGAUAACCUCGUCAACCUCACAGACACAGAAGACAAGAUCGUCUACGAGAUGCACCAGUACCUUGACUCGGAUGGAUCGGGUACGAGUGCGACUUGCGUGUCGAGCACGAUCGGUCAGGAGCGCGUGGAGUCCGCGACAGCGUGGCUUAUCGCCAACAACAAGGUCGGUAUAUUGGGGGAAUUUGCUGGUGGCGUGAACACCGUUUGCGAAGAGGCAAUUACGGGGAUGUUGACUUAUUUGGAGGAUAAUUCGGCGGUUUGGAAGGGUGCUAUGUGGUGGGCGGCGGGUCCGUGGUGGGGAGAUUACAUUUUCAGUAUUGAGCCGCCCACUGGAGUAGCUUAUACAGGGCUGUUGUCGACGUUGGAGCCAUACUUUGCCUAA